CCCUUUUGCGCCUUGUAGGGCUUAGUCUGUCGCGUCUAUGCACUGAUUCGAAAACACGGGACCGGACGCUUCGCUCGCUCAAUGGCAACAGCGGAGGAGACGAACGAAGCGAAAGGGCAAAGCGAGGAGCGAGCGGAGGAUCGAGAGACGUCCAGAUGCAACAGUGUCCAAAAGGAGGAGAGAAUGGCGCCUUGGGAGCAGCACGCGGCGGUGAUCAGUCUCCCUCGCUACGACUACGCUGCCCCCUCCUCUCUUCUCCACCGCUCCCGAUCCGGAUUCCUAAUAACCUGCCCCAUCAAACGGGAGAAAAGUGCCACCAAAGAAGCAAUGUCUCUUCUUGGAGAGUUUGCUAGCAGUAAGGGGACAUGCAGCACUGAAACUUGUGCAAAAAAGAGGAAACUAUCAGCAGAAGUAGAUCCUGAAACUGCUGAAGCAACAGCUAGAAAUUCACUGGACAAUAUAUUGAAACCUUUUGAUGACGUUCUCGCUCAAAGUCUCAAUCUUUCACUGGUGAAGCUAACUCGCAGUGGGUUGCUUCUAUUAACUUUUCCUAACAAUACUUCUCGUCAUGUGAUUGACAUUGUAUCAGACAUAUUUUGUGCUUUGGCAUCUCGAAAGCUAAAGUCUCCUCUCUGGUGCCAUCGCAUUUUCCCUAUUCAAGAAACUUGCAUUCUAGCAAAGAAGGAUCUGCAAUUAGUUGUUUCAAAACUAAUAGAAGACUUCUUGGGUAAGGAUCAAGAAAAGCUUGAGAAACAUAUUAAGUUUGCAGUUGGAUAUAACCGAAGAGGCAUGGACGAUGAGAUAAAAUCUCAAAAGAUCACUGACAAAGACACAGAGGAGGCAUCAACUUUGUUGGAUCGAGAUGCAUGUUUCAAAGCAGUUGCAGGGGCAAUCAAAGCUGUUGCAAAAAAUGCAAUUGUGGAUCUCAAAUCUCCCGAGGUAGCUGUGCUCGUAGAGCUACUGCCUAUAUCAGGGAUUCCACAAGGAUUGUUUGUAGCUGGAGUUUCUGUUCUUCCACUUCAAUUUGUCACUAUCAAACCUCGGCUUUGCAUCAAGUCACUCAUUGCUGAUGCGAAAGGUCACAAAUGAUACCAUUUAAGUAUAGGAUGUUUAUUUCAGAUGUACUUUUCCUCCAAUGCACGGAGCAACAAUGUCACCGUUGCAAGCCAUUCUAAUUAAUAUUAUUCGUCAUCUUCCUAAUUAAUUUCCUGUUGCUAGCUCACAGUAGAUGAAAAAACAAAAUCAGCUGUUGCAAUGGAAAGCCUUACAUCUCUUUAGUAUCAAUUUGAAAAUCUUUUCAGGUAAUUGUCAUCCUACAUGUGAGCAUUUUUAUUUUCGCAAAAAAUAAAACAAUUUCAUGACUA